ACCAGCUCUCAAUGAAACACUCGGCUCAAGUGUUUGCUUCCCACAGAACAAAAGAGGGUCAUGCCAUGCGUAACAUCCAGGAGUUAAAUGGUUCCAGUGAUUUGAAAAAUCUGUCAAACAUCAAAGGAGGUCUACUUAUAACUCUGCUUUCCCAAUUUCUGGCGACUCCAAACUCCAGAGAUGGCGAUCGUAUUACGCACAUUGAGGCAUCACCACCGCUAUUUGACUUUUCUCCUCAGCUCCACUAUUGUCCUGUUCUGUUUUCACUUUCAAAACUCAGUGGUGAUUUUUACCUAUAACUCUUAUUUUCGUUAUGUGUCCGAGCCCGCUCCGUGCGCGUGUGCCACCUGCGCGCUGGACCGGGGACGCGCGGACGGGUUCAGUGCGCGUUACGAACCGACAGUCCAUCUGCUGCUCAACAGCAGCAACAGCGAUUUACGCGCAGACGUCUUCGGGUGGUGGAAGGGUCUACAAAAUGUAACAAGUGUUGCCAACUACACAAGCGUGGUGAAGAACCUGUUUCCGCUCUUUUCGGAUAAAGAACACUACUCAGAUGCUGGUCCAGACCGCUGCAGAACCUGCGCUGUGGUCGGGAACUCCGGGAACCUGCUGAGAUCCCAUUAUGGACCUCUCAUAGAUUCCAAUGACUUUGUCAUGAGGAUAAAUAAGGGUCCAACGGGAGGUUUUGAGAAGGAUGUGGGUUCUAGAACCACUCACAGGAUCAUGUACCCUGAGAGCUCUGUGGAUGUGGACAACUCCACUCACCUGGUGUUUUCUGCUUUUAAGAUUCUGGAUAUAGAGUGGCUCAUCAGUGCCUUCACCACUAAAACCAUCACAAAAACAUAUAUGAACGUGUCAUCCACAAUACAGGCAAAUAAGGACAAGGUGAUGAUACUCCACCCAGAAUUUAUGAAAUAUGUUUAUGUGAAUUGGACGGACAGUCACGGAAGAUAUCCGUCCACAGGCUUCCUAACGCUGAUGUUCGCUCUGCACAUCUGUGAUGAGGUGAAUGUUUUCGGGUUUGGAGCUACAAAAGCUGGACAGUGGCAUCAUUAUUUUGAUGAAACGUUGACUCUGUAUGUUAAUGAAAGUCAUGCGGGAGACUUUGAAUAUCAGAUGAUCCUUCGACUUGAGCAGGAGAAGAGGAUUGUGAUGUUCAAGGGUUGGACAUGAACCAAAACGAUUUGGAAACGUUGCCAGAACAUUGUGUUGUUGUUUCUUUGCAAUAUUGCAUUUUGUAGUUUGGUGUAGUGGACUUUAACUAAAACAUCAGAUUAAAAACUAAAUCACUAAAACUAAAAAACACUAAAACAUUGCCAGCGAUGGCUCCGAGUGUGUAUAAGGACAUUUUGGUUAUUAAAACAAACUAGACAGGUUGAUCAGCACCUGCGGAUUGUUCCACUCUUUUACUUGAAAACAAACAAUAUUUUCAUCAUUUUUAGUAUAUAACAGUUAAGUAACCCAAGAUGAGGCCCAAAAUAUUCUCAGGAUUCUUGAUGUCAGGAUUGCACAGUAUAUCUUGAUAUCAGAAGUCAAUAUGGCUUGCAGACGUAGUCCUGAAAGCGCAGUGAAUAUUGAGGAACGUCAGAACGAUGGACCAAUCAGAAUCAAUAUUCCAGAAAGCCGUGUCUGUCAUUUCAUCUGCUAUACAUUCUCAAGGAACAUAGAAUUGAUUAGAAUUUGUUGUAUUGUCAUUUAUUCUUGUUUGUUUACUUGUUAUUGUUUGUUUUUGGAUUUAAUGCUUGUGAAUGCAAGAACAGGAUUAUUGUGUGUAUAUUGUGUGAAAACGCUCGGCCGUGUUGUUCUUUGAUGUUUACAUUUGUCUACGUUGGAAUAAAAGCUCUGGAUCCUUGUUCUCCAUUGUGAUACAAACAGAUACAUCGAAUCUCGGAGAUGAAACCUUAUUCAAUAAAAAAUUUUAAGCAGUG